AUUCAAAACUUCUUUGAGAGAGAACUUAUUUCAUUAUAAUAUAACAUUAUAAUAUAACUGCUUGGUUUUCUUAUUUUAGAUCUUUAUUAGUUGUAAAGAAAAUAAGAUUAGUGUUUACAACUUGUAGUACUUCUCUGUCAAAUUAUUGUCACAAAGCUUCUCCCUGAACAUGUUUAAAUUAUUUUUCACCCAAAUCUCUUCUGAUUAACAUUAAAAAAAUACACAAAAACCUCUUAUCACAAGUCAUAAACCAUGGAUUUAGUGUAAAGGAAAAUCAACAAUGAUAGGUUAUAGUAGUAAUACCUGAUAUGCUCCCACCAAAUGAAGAAUAAUGCAAGCAUUAGCAAAGGCAACAAGCCAAUAAGGCUCAUAAAACCCAAACCCUGUCGAGAUGUUUCCUGGUGUACCAUUUCCAAAAGCUCCAUGUCUAAGGCAUCCACAAGGUAGGUAGAAGAAUGUUGUCACAAUGGUUGCAACCAUGGAUAUCUCAAAUAACCUCCAAUGCCAUUCUCCAUUUUAACCAUCGUACUUAUAUUCGAUAUGUAAUGUCUUCGUUAAUCUCCUCAUCAUUUUGUAAUACUGGUCUAAGGUAUUUAAGUUUAGAAACUUGUAGUAUGACACCUUCCAUUUUUUACUUGCAAUUGCAAAAUUAAUAAUGUAUAUACUACACAUAUAGAUAGUCAAAAACAAAAAGAAACUCAGACUAAAGAAACUUAUGAUAAAUAAUUAUGUCAGUUUAUGAACAAAUCAGGAUCAAUCUAGAAGCAACACGAGCAUGGCAUUGAAGUCAAAAUAUGAAAGACUAUGGUUGAAUAAGUAUAAAGAAAAAAGCUUGACAAAUCUUAGUUAAAUGUGAACUAGGAAGGCAGAAUUUAAGCGAUAUUCAGGGAACAAGAUCAGUUGUUCUUGCAGGAGUAGUUUCAACUCUGAAAUUGGUUGGGGGAAACUUGACCGAUCACAGGUUCUUAUUCCUUGGUGCUGGAGAGGCUGACACUGGAAUAGCAGAACUCCUAGCACUUGAAACUUCAAAAUGGACAAAUGUCCCAGUAGAAGAAUUGUGCAAGAACAUUUGGGUUUGAUCGUGAGAUCCCGCAAAGACUCACUUCAAUCUUUCAAAGAGACCCUGGGCUCAUGAACAUGAACUUAAAAUUAAACCAACGGUUUUAAUCGGAACAUCAGGACAAGGGAAAGCUUUUACCAAGGAACUGAUUGAAGCUAUGGCUUCCAUCAAUGAGAAAUCUAUUAUUCUUUCAUGGUCAGGAAAGAAAAUAAUGUGUAUAAAUUUUCUACCAGAAUUGGAGCAUGUAUGGGAUAAGGAUCCUGAGAGAAUUAUUAGCCUUCAACUGCUAAAUGAAAUGUGUGUUAAAGAAUGUAAGAGUCUUAAAAAUUUGUUUCCAGCAUCGGUAAUCAAAGAUCUUACCGGACUUGAAGUGUUUGAAGUAACAAAGUGUGAAGAAUUGGAAGAGAUAUUUAUGAAGAAUGAAACAAGUGGAGAAGAAGAAGGAUCAACACAAGAGUUUGUGUUUCAUCGUCUCACUACAUUAACGCUACAACAAGUGUUUAGUUAAAGUCUUGCACGCUGGUGGAAAAUUUGGUGGUGCCAACAGUGGGUACUCUGUUUCAGGAGGUUUGCACGGUGUCUCAGUUGGAUAACAAUUAUAUUUUCAGAAGUCAAAUGAAGAUGCUCUUCAUUCACUAUCUCAAGUUGGAGAAAAUUCUCAUGUACAAGAUGAAAAUAAGGAAGUGUGCCACAUGAUAGAUGUAACGAAGAAGAACCUGGGUUGAGAUUGAAUUGGAGCCGGGUUAGCCCCCUAGCCCCCAUUUUUUUGUGCGACGACGACGGCAGCAUUCGGCCCUUCUCUCAAUCACAGUAGUCGACGGCAGCAUCAACCUCAAAACUUGCAAGAACUGCAAAACCCAAUUCGACCUUUCUCUCAAUCACCUUCUUGCUUGUCGAUUUCACACUGCUCAUUUUGAAGGAACGAAGGGGGAUCAAGGUGAUCUCUAAUGGCAAAAAGUUGAAGCAUUUUGGAAUGUACCAUGAGGCUAUUGAGCCUUAUAUCUCCAUGUCGGGGUUGGGUUCCUUAGUGAACCUAUCAUACGAGUAUGCCAAUCAUGGAUUGAUCGUUGCCCUUUCGGAGAGAUGGCACCAUGAGACGAAUAUUUUCCACCUCCCGAUAGGUGAGAUGAGCGUCACAUUAGAUGACGUUCUCAAUCUACUCCACCUACCCAUCAUGGGUUAAUUUUGUGAGGUCGAGGAGUUAGAAUAUGAUGAGGCUCGAUCUCAUAUUAUGGAGCUGCUUGGCGUGGACCUGCCAAAGCUUUAGCUGAGAUGAAACAGUUACGCGGUCUAAAAGUUAGGCUGAGCUGGCUGAGCUCUCAACUCAAAAAACAAUCAACAAUCAAACAAUAAAAGUGAAGUGAACAAAAUGCUACUGAGUGUGAUGAAAGUGAAAAAAUGGGAAGAAGGAAGGGAGUGCAUGUAGGCUAGACAUUUAGGGUUAUUAGUAGUUGAGAGAAUUGUUGAUGGUUAAAAAAUCAUUAAGUCAUCAUUAAUUUUAUUUUAACUUUAAUAAAUGAAUAACAAAACAGUAAAAUUGGAGAGUGAAAUAGGUAGGAGCCUGCUCCUUUUUUCUUUCAAUUCAACACUCUUCAUGAUGUGACUAACAUAUGAAUGAACUGAUCCUUCUGACAACCUUCACAACCCGCAAGUAUUUUUCUCCGAAAGUUCAUGGAAACCUCUCACACAGAUAACGUCUCGGGUCUAUAUGACUCGGUGGGCGUAAUUGGGUUUAGGGUUUAGGGUUUAGGGUCUAUAUGACUCGGUGGGCGUAAUUGGGUAAGAAUUUUUAGUUUAAACUCACUUUUUCUCUCUUUAGUUUCUUGAACCUGAAAUUUUUGUUUGUAAAGUUUUAAUUACAAAUAUGACUUUCCGUUUUCGAAAAUUGAACAUAUUUUAUUUGACUGUUAAUAUAACAUAAAAUUUAACACAAGAAAAAUUGCACACGGCAAAAUCAUAAGGAUGGAAAAUAGAUUUAAGAGACGACUUCUAACAUUUGCCGUAUAAAGGAACCUAUAUUCUAUUUGAUUCACACAUAUUUUUUUUAUAAAUAAAAAAAAUUAUUUUUUUUAAUGACUAUGAAUGAUUAGGUGGUCGUAUUGGGUUUCAAAAAAAAUAUAAUUCCCAUUUUAUUUAGACUACGAGUUCUCCGAAGAUGAAGUUGGCACUUUUAGGUCAACAAGUUGUUUUGUUUUUUGCUUGGAUUCCUCUUAGACCAAAAAUUAACCAGGAUCACUUUAAUCACGGUGAGGGGUUUCUCUCGACCAAAAACGGGGGCUCUCUGUUUGUGACUGGAUGCAAACCUUGAUCAUGCUCAACCAAAUUCUAAGAUGGCUGAAGAGACCAAAGGUACUGAGACUUGUAUGUCUUGCUUCAUCUGUUGUUGGAUUGCUCUGUUAUGCACUCAGUUCCUCUUUCAAGUAUUUACUAGGAAACUGGAGCUGGUGGAAGAUGCUUAUUUAUAUUGUUUUCAGUUUCAUCAUUUGCCUAGCCGUCUUGUUCACACCUGCAAGGUCGAGCUCCACCUCUCUCCGGUUGGAAGCUCAUUUGGCAUUUUUGGUUCUAAUAAUCACUUCUGUUUAUUCCUUUUUCUUCGAUAACGUGGUGAAGGGUAAACCUGAUGCAUACAGUCUCAUCUCUUGUGCUGCUUUUGCUACCAUGUCGCUUGGCUUGUCAAAUCUCACUCAAUUUGGAUUCCAGAUCGAUCUGCUAUAUUUCUUCUGCGGAGGUUUAACAGUACAGCUCAUGAAGAUCAAAUUGUGGUUAGUCACUGUUGGAGGUGGUUUCACUUAUUCCCUCCUCCAGCUUCGUCACUAUCCGAGCUACACACAAGGGGAGAAUCUUCAGCUCCUGAACCAAAAUCAUGUGAUCAUUCAAGUCGAUGAUUCAGGAAGAAUUAGUAGUAGCAGUCCUGUUAUCAUGGAACAACAAGCUAAUGCUGAUGUCGGUAGUACUCUAGGCACCUCACCAGAAGAUGGGGAUCUUAUUCAAAGCAAUUCAACUUCAGAAAAUGGAAGCGUUGAUGAUGGUCUUUUCGUCCAACAACAGUUCAUCAACUGUAUAAAGGAGUUUGAAAAGGAGAAUCAGAUGCUUGUUCCCAUGGUUUGUAGUCACGUGGAGAAAUACCUUAAAGCCGUGUUUGACUCCAACGACAAAGACAAGGACCAGAUUCAAAUGUUGGAAGUACCGGUUCCAGACGUCAACUUGGUGAUGGAUGCACUUCCAUUUGAAAUUAUAAGCCGCCUUAAAGAAAUCGUGAAGCUGAUUGUGGAAGGAGGUUUUACGGAGGAAUGCAGCGACAUUUACAGCAAAUGGCGAAAGGAGUUUGCAGAACAGUGUCGGCGGGCACUUGGGUUGCAAUUUCAGACGCCCAAGGAUGAGGACGUUGAGAAGUGGUUAAAAACGUGUAAGGCAACUUCGAAGAUACUGUUUCCCAAUGAAAGGAGACUCUGCGAUUACCUCUUUUCAGGGUUCUCUGUCGCUGCGGAUGCCUUCUUCGACAAGGUUUGCAAGGAACUGACGAUUGGACUAGUGAGUUUUGCCGAUACCACCGUGACAACUGGGAAUUUGCCGAAUCUUCUGUUCAACAUUGUCCCUAAAAUGUCGGAGCCAUUGGUCGAGUUGACACGGGAGUUCAUCUCACCGAUUUUGUUUGGCAAAUUCUCGUUUGUAAAUGAUAUUCAAGACGUUCGGCGAAGAUUGACUGUGCUAAACAAGUUGAGGAAACUUACUUAUCCCAAUAAUGUGCAGGCACCUGUUACUGAUGGAGGGCUUCAUCUGAUUACUAAGAAAGCAAUGGACCACAUCCAUACAAUGUUUAAAGGUAAGAUAAAGCAAAAGUUUGGCCAAGCUUACCGCUUCGUAAAUUCUUCAUUUUGGGUGGUGAUAGGAAGGAUGAUUGAGUUGUUAGAGAGCGAAUUGGAAGCCAAGUCUAAAGACUUCUACGCUGACCCCGCCCUGAGCUCUGUUUUUAUGAUCAAUAAUCUCAGCUACAUAGAACAAAAGACGCAUGAUUUGCAAUUCGACGAUGAUUGGUUUCGAACAAACACAGCAAAGGUGGAAGAAAACUACAACCUGUAUCUAAGAAGUUCGUGGAAUAAGAUGGUGGACUUUUUGAAGGUUGAGACGAAUGAGUUGGCGGAGGCUGAUGUGGUAGCGGAGUUAAUGAAAGAAAAGCUCAAUUUGUUCAACCUGCACUUUGAGGAGACAUGCACAAUUCAAUCUACAUGGACUGUCUCUGAUAAGCGACUGAAGGAACGAAUAGUAAAGUCCAUAGAGGAGAUUUUGUUACCAGAAUAUGGAAAGUUUUGUGACAGGUUUCGAGUUGUUUUUGGUAAUCAAGCUUAUCACUAUAUUAAGUUUGGAUUUCUAGACAUUCAAAAUUGUCUCAGCCAUUUGUUUCUUCUAGAUGAUGAGAUGACUCUCGAAGACAAGAAAACUGUAUGAAGUUUGCAAUAAUUUAAAAUACAAAAUUUCAUUGUUAUA